CAAAACCCAACUUUCUCUGGAGAUUCAUCACUUGGCCAUACUGCUUGGCAGAUACGUGUAGUCCGGAAUAUUGUACUGGUACAUUAUCAGCAAGAAUACACUGUGUAUUCACAUUCAUCGUUCUUGAAUC